AUGUCUUUCCAACCUCUCUGCAUACUUCUUCUCCUAAGGAUAGUUCUUGUCAGUGCAGCUGGAGCUGCGAUCGCCCGCAAUGGUUGGACAAUCACUGCAGACAACUCACACGCGGGAAAUGGCCCAGAACUGGCGAUCUACGGCAGGACAGACACAUUCUAUCACUCGGAAUACGUACCUAACUCGCCACUUCCACACGUCGUGGUUGUAGACAUGAAGCAACAACAUCCCGUGAAUGGCAUUAGCUAUCAGCCUCGCCAAGACAACUUCAACAAUGGCAAUGUUGGGCAGCACAUCAUCGAAUUGAGUAUUGAUGGAAAAUCAUGGACAGCUCCAGUCGCGUUGGGGACAUAUUUCAACGAUAAGACCACAAAGGUAACAAGUUUUGUCACAAGAUCGGCUCGCUACGUGAAGUUCACCGCUGUCACGGAAGCACAGAAUCCCAACAAUCCCUGGACCAGCAUCGCGGAGCUUAAUAUUCUCUCCCCUGGGGAACAAGCAGUCCAGGCACCUGACCCGAGGCUCGGUCUAUGGAUGCAUACUAUCGACUUCCCUCUUGUUCCUGUUGCUGCUGCCCAGAUGUAUGACACAGGGGAGAUCCUUGUCUGGUCCUCCAGUGGCCGCGAGAAUUUCCCCUUCCCGUCCCCUGUCACUGGCCAGACUUGGGUAACGCUAUGGUCACCAACGACAAAUGCAAUGACGCAGCGUAUAGUUGUUGAGACAGAGCACGACAUGUUCUGCCCCGGAAUCUCGAUGGACGCUGCUGGGCGGUAUAUCGUCACUGGAGGCGACAGCGCUACGACUACUAGUAUUUUCGAUCCCACCUCCAAUCAGUGGAAACGAGGCGCUCCUAUGAACGUUCCUCGCGGCUACCAAUCCACUACGCUUCUUUCUGACGGUCGCCUAUUUACUUUGGGUGGCUCCUUCAGUGGACAUGACGAAAUUGUUCGAGAAAGAAAAUUUGGAGAAGUUUAUGACGUUGUCGGAGAUAAAUGGACAGAGCUACCAGGGUGUAUACCGGAGCCAAUCUAUACAAAGGACAAACUUGGCCAGUACCGUCAAGAUAAUCACCCCUGGAUGUUCCGCUGGAAGCAGACCUCAAUUUUUAUUGCCGGGCCUGCCUCGGCAAUGAACUGGUACGGGGUUGGCAAUGGUGGUACCCAAAAAGCCGCAGGAAUUCGUGGUGAGGAUCCUGAUGCGAUGUGCGGUAUUGCUGUCAUGUAUGACGCUCCCGCGGGUAAAAUAUUUGUCUCUGGGGGUGCAGUAAACUACGACGAAGAAAUCGCCUCAUCCAACGCCCACGUGAUUACUCUCGAUCAACCAAAUGUAAAUCCUCGCGUGGACGCCAUCGGACGCAUGAACUUCCCGCGAAUAUUUCACAACGGUGUUGCUCUGCCAGAUGGAACUACUUUGAUACUUGGUGGCAACACAAUUGGCCACUUGUUCAGCGAUCGCGACGCUGUCCUUGUCCCUGAGCUCUGGGACCCUCGAACUGGACAGUACACACGACUGAAUCCCCAUGCUACCGCUCGUAACUACCAUUCAAUUGCCGUCCUCCUCUUCGAUGGGACAGUGUUACAUGCCGGUGGUGGCCUUUGCGGCGACGGGUGUGACCAAAACCAUAACGACGGCGAGGUUUUUGUGCCGCCGUACCUACUCAACUCCAACGGCUCCCUCCGCCAACGACCCGUAAUCACAUCUAUCAGUGCGGAAAGUGUUAACGUGGGCGGCACCCUAACCAUCAAAACGGACGUUCCGACAUCGAACCUUGCGCUCAUGCGUUUGACAUCCGUCACGCAUACCGUCAACACCGAUCAGCGGAGGAUUCCUUUUGAUGGCUUGGUAGUUGGCACUUCACACACUAUAAAAGUACCCACUGACUCAGGGAUCGCGUUACCUGGAUACUAUAUGCUUUUUGCAAUGAAGGCGGAUCGCACGCCUAGUAUUGCGAAGAUCAUUCGUGUGACAUUACCCGCGACAAGGACUUUCAACUUGCUUACAGUUCCAGAUCAGCAAGUUCUUGCGACAGUGCCGGAACCUGACCAGAGGAGCAAUGUACAAAACCUGCGGGGUGGUAAGACUGGGUUAGAGUUCGCGCCACUAUCGUUCAACUAUACGCAGGCGCAAGUAUAA